AAUACCACUCACACUCUCAUGAUCGCUUCGACAAUGGCGAUUCUCUCAACUGUCUCCUUCCCCUCUCUCCGCCUCCGCCUCCGAACAACAAAACUCGCCGCCACCACCACCACCACCGCCGCCGCCGUCUCUUCUUCCAACAAUUUCACAACUUUUCCCUUUUCCCAUCAUGGAAUCGCCAUCCAAUCCCUACCAACAAAGACAAAUCUCCCAGAAUCAAAAUUUCUUCAACUACAUCCUUACAAGAAUCAACGUACUCGAAUUACCCAUGUCAAGUCAACGGCCUCCUCCGACAGCAGUUCUUCACCUACCGCCUCACAAACAGUGUUCGGUGUAUUGCAUUUAACAGUUUCAUUAGGUAUUAUACUUGCAAUGGAUAAUCUCUUGAAGAAAGUCUUUCUUUCUGCCGCAAUUAAGUUCCCUAGUGCCUUAUUCGGCAUGUUUUGUGUAUUCACUGUUCUUAUUGCUCUUGACGCAACUGUUCCAUCUGCUGCUACUGGUUUAAUGGAUUUCUUUGAACCUGCUCUCUUGUUUAUUCAAAGAUGGCUUCCUUUAUUCUAUGUUCCAUCUUUAGUUGUUUUGCCACUCGCGGUUAAAGAUAUCCCUGCAGCUUCCGGCGCUAAGAUCUUGUGCAUUAUAGUUGGAGGCUGGCUGGCUUCGUUAUGUGUUGCUGGUUAUACAGCUAUAGUUGUGAGAAAAUUGGUGAAGACGGAAAUGACAGCUGCUGAGCCUAUGGCUAAGCCAUCUCCAUUUUCGUUGUUGGAAGCGUGGUCAUGGACAGGCAUUUUUAUAGCAUCUUUUGUUGGCGCGUUUCUAUACCCGACAGCACUUGGCACAAAUGCUUUAACAUAUUUGCCUUUCUUGCUUUCAUCUACAGUUCUAGGAUAUAUAGUUGGUUCUGGGUUACCAUCCAAUGUGAAGAAGAUUUUCCACCCAAUCAUUUGCUGCGCAUUAUCUGCAGAUCUUGCAGCUUUCGCAUUUGGUUAUGUUACGCGUUCUGGGCUUAAUCCUGUUUUGGGCUAUUACUUGACAAAGUCACAAUCCAAUCCUGGUGCUGGUGAUAUACUGAUGGGUUUUCUAGGAUCGGUUAUUAUUUCAUUUGCUUUCUCAAUGUUCAAGCAAAGGAAGCUGGUCAAGAGGCAUGCUGCUGAAAUUUUCACAUCUGUGAUUGUAGCAACAAUAUUCUCUUUAUACUCAACUGCUUUAGCAGGCCGUCUUAUUGGGCUAGAGCCAUCUCUAACUGUUUCUAUAAUUCCGAGAUGCAUAACUGUCGCUCUUGCUCUGAGUAUCGUGUCUUUCUUUGACGGUGUGAAUACAUCACUCACAGCAGCUACAGUUGUGUUAACCGGUUUAGUUGGAGCGAAUUUUGUGCAAGUGGUACUAGAUAAACUUCGAUUUCAAGAUCCAAUUGCUCGAGGGCUUGCAACAGCAUCUAGUGCUCAUGGAUUGGGAACUGCAGCAUUGUCUGCGAAGGAACCGGAGGCUCUUCCAUUUUGCGCGAUUGCUUAUGCUUUAACGGGUAUAUUUGGUUCCUUGAUUUGCUCUGUUCCUGCAGUUAGACAAAGCUUGCUCGCGAUUGUCGGCUAAAAGAACUGUCAUUCUUUUAUGAUGUGGAAUAUAUAUGUGUUAUAACGAUGUAAUAUGUUUAUGUUUAAAUGAUCGUAUUAUUGGCGCGAAAAUGAGAAAUUGAGUUGUUAAGUUUCUUUAA